AUGACUGAUAAUUUGGAAGGUGUUUUAGAGAAGUUUUGGAAGAUUGAUAGCAUGGAGGACCACCAUCCGUGGUCUAAGGAAGAGCAGGAUUGUGAGGCUCAUUUCGUGCAUACCCACGAGCGAGCAGAGGAUGGACGAUAUGUUAUGCGGUUAACAAGGAAACUCGAACAAAAAUUAGGAAAAAAUGAAGUUAUGAAGGAGCAAUAUCAUUCAUUUAUGCGAGAAUAUUUGGCCAGAAAGGUUUCGGUGGAGGAUACAAGCACGGGUAAAUUCGGAACAGCGGAAAGAAAGGCAUAUUAUUUACCCCAUCAUGCAGUACUGAAAAAUGCUAGCACAACCACCAAAUUACGUGUUGUAUUCGAUGGGUCGGCAUGUACCGAUAGUGGAUAUUCGUUAAACGAUGCACUCAUGAAAGGUCCUAUCAUACAGGAUGAACUGCUUACACUUCUGCUUCGCUUCCGCAAACAUCAGGUCGCGUUAGUUGGAGACAUCGAAAAGAUGUAUCGACAAGUUUUCGGUGGAAGAUCCCAUCGAAAUAUACGAGCUACUCACUGUAAUAUAUGGAUUGACACCGUCAUCGUUUCUGGCAACACGAGUAAUCAAACAAUUAGCAAUCAUCCUGAGGUAUGUGCUCCCUUGGAACGGGACAUGUAUGUAGAUGACUACAUUGGUGGAGCUGCAUCGGUUGAGAGCGCAUGCUAUCUGCGAAUAUCUAUGGAUAUUCUAACAUCCAAGGGUGGAUUUCCUGUACGAAAAUGGUGUUCGAACCGCGCAGAGGUUCUAGUUGGGAUUCCAAUGGAUCAAUUAGGGACCAGUCUGACUAUAAGUUUUGACUUGGAUCCCGAGGAGAAGAUCAAGGCACUUGGAAUCACAUGGGAACCUGAAUCGGAUCAGCUUCGAUUCGUAUACAAUAUCGAUGGUAGCGAGAGCGCUUGGACCAGACGACGUAUUUUAUCGGCAAUUGCAAGGCUCUUCGAUCCAUUGGGAUUGAUUUCACCGGUGGUAAUAACCGCAAAGAUGAUCAUGCAGGAGUUGGCAUUACUGCAAACGAAUUGGGAUAUUCCAGUACCGCCACAUAUAGAAACGAAAUGGAUAAAUUUUCAUAGUCAGUUGAAUAAAUUGUCGGAGCUACGGAUCAGCAGAUUUGCCUUCAUUGCGGAGUGGGUGGAUAUUCAAUUCCACUGUUUUUCAGACGCUUCUGAGCUAGCGUACGGAGCGUGCGACUAUGUUAGAACAAUGGAUCAAACGGGAAAUGUACGCAUUGAACUAAUCUCAUCUAAAUCACGAGUUGCACCUUUAAAGAGGUUGUCUCUUCGACUAGAGCUUUCUGCUGUUCAAGAAGCAGCUCGUUUACACGAGAAAAUUAUCAAGGCUCUCACGUUGGACAAUGUGUGCUCAUAUUUUUGGUCCGAUUCCACUGUGGUGCUCCAUUGGUUGAAGGCACCUCCUAAUACGUGGAAAACUUUUGUUGCCAACCGGGUAUCUGUGAUAUAG